GCUCUUCCAAUCGGUGCAAUCAAAGACUGAACAGACGCUCUGAUUUGAAGAGCGGUGGACGCUUGAACCAGUGUACGUCCAGCCACCGCCACGCGCACACUCUACUAUACACUUGUCUGUCACUCAGGACAGUUACUAAAGCAAUCAAUCAGUCUCUCGAGUAGCUAUCAACAAUGCCCUUUGCCCCUUCCCCCUGUCGUCCCGUCCCGCAAGGUCACCCUCAGCCUGCGCUUCACCUUCUGUCUGCCUGCCCUUGCCGCAGCCAUACCUCUUGACACGGCCGCACUGCACACACUCGACAGCCACCAACGCACCCUCACACUCAUCCCCACUGCCGUCCUCGUCAGCCGGCGAUUCGCCCUCCGCUGCUCCGCGCCCUGUCCUCUUCCGCCUCUUGGUUGUCUGCUCGAUGGUCACGUGUGCAGUCUGUCCCGGAACGAGCAGCGAGCAGCAUGUCUUGCAGAAUGAGUGCUUGACGGCCGGCUCGAGGCGAAUCACAUGCUUCAGAGCCACCUCCUUCAUCGUGGCCAAGUAAUAGCGACCCUGACACAAACACCCACAGAGUGAGUGCGUCGAUAUGGGAUGAGUUCACCCACCAGAGCAGGCGACUUGGUGCCGAUUUGAUGUGCGGCUUGGUAGAGGUAGUUGAGGCGCUGCAGGGCGGGCGACACCGCGCUGGUGGGAAGAUCUGUCCGCGGCGGCCUCUCAGCCUUGAUCGGCUUCUUCUUACCCAUUGAGUAACCUUGCAGGGUUUAGGGUCAAGGGUUUACCUGCGAGCUUAGACUCCAG